GAUGGGUGAUUGAGGCAUGAGAGAAGAGAAAGGAAAAUGAAAGGUGAAAAUUGAAUGGUGCAUCUUAAGAUAUGGUCAUAUCCCAACUAACUUUCACCAAUAUUCCCAAAGUAACCUAUGGCAUCAAACAGAAUGAGAUUAUUGCAUAAAUUUUGUCCAUACCACUGGACUUUCCCCAAUAGCCAUUUCCUCUAACCCUGCCACAAAAACGGCAAGGUUUUUGGCCUCUUUUCUCUUGUCUCCUCCACAUCCUUUUAACUUCAAUGUUCCAAAUUUUUCGAAUAAACAAAAAAGGCUCCUUAUUCCAUUCUAUAACAAUUACGCCUCCGUCCAAAACAAAUUGGGAUCGCCAAUUUGUAAUCCUUACGGAUUGUGAGGAAGUUUUAUUAGGCACAAUGGCGACGAUUCUCCAACAAUAAAUAAAAAAAUUCUCAAUUGUAACACCAAUCUCUUCUCCAAGAUGACCAACAAGAGCGAGAAGAAAGGCAACAUUUUGAUGCAAAGGUAUGAGAUUGGGAAAUUGCUAGGCCAGGGGACAUUUGCCAAGGUAUACCAUGCAAGAAAUCUUAAAACUGGCCAAACUGUUGCUGUAAAGAUUAUUGAUAAGGAGAAGGUGAUGAAGGUUGGGCUAAUUGAUCAAAUCAAACGUGAAAUCUCUGUCAUGAGGCUAAUCAAACACCCAAAUGUUGUCCAGCUCUAUGAGGUUAUGGCUAGCAAAACUAAAAUAUAUUUCGCCAUGGAAUAUGUCAGAGGUGGUGAACUUUUCAAUAAGGUUGCUAAAGGCAGGCUUAAAGAAGAUGCAGCUAGAAAAUACUUCCAACAAUUAAUCGCUGCAGUGGAUUUCUGUCAUAGCCGCGGCGUCUACCACCGCGAUCUCAAGCCGGAAAAUCUCCUCCUCGACGAAGGUGGAAACUUGAAAGUGUCCGAUUUCGGGCUGAGUGCAUUGUUAGACUCAAAAAGGCAAGAUGGUCUCCUCCACACAACCUGUGGAACACCAGCCUAUGUUGCCCCUGAGGUGAUCAAUAAGAGAGGUUACGAUGGCGAAAAAGCUGACAUUUGGUCAUGUGGAGUUGUUUUAUUUGUUUUGUUAGCUGGUUAUCUACCAUUUCAUGAUCAAAACCUUAUGGAAAUGUACAAAAAAAUAAGCAAAGGGGAAUUCAAGUGUCCACAAUGGUUCCAUCCUGAGGUAAGAAAGCUCCUCUCAAGAAUUCUUGAUCCAAAUCCAAGUUCAAGAAUCACCUUAACUAAGCUCAUGGACAAUUACUGGUUCAAGAAAGGUUUCAAACAAAUUGAUAAAACCACAAAUCCAGGGAAAGAACAACUCGAAUCGCCUCGUAGUGUUUUAGAUAUAGAGGACCAUAAUUCAGAUGGAGAAGGACCUUCCAAUCCAAAGAAAGAUCAAGAUUCAACAACAAUGAAACCUACUUGCUUAAAUGCAUUUGAUAUCAUUUCUCUUUCUCCUGGUUUUGAUCUUUCUGGAUUAUUUGAGAAAGAAAAAGAAAGAAAAUCAGAUGCUCGAUUCACGGCGAAAAAACCAGCUUCUAUUAUUGUAUCAAAGCUGGAGGAAGUGGCUUCAAAUGAGAGUUUUAAUGUGAAGAAGAAAGAUGGGACAGUGACAAUGCAAAGUAUUAAAGAAGGGAGAAAAGGACAGCUAGCUAUUGAUGCAGAGAUUUUUGAGAUUACACCUUCUUUCCAUGUGGUAGAAGUUUCAAAAAAAUCAGGAGAUACAAUGGAAUACAAGAAAUUCUUUGAUCAGGGAUUGAAGACUUCUCUUAAAGAUAUAGUUUGGACAUGGCAAGGUUGUGAUCAGCAGCAACAGCAAGUUGAUCAAAAUCAAGAAAGAAAUUGAUGAUGUAUUAUUGUUUUCCGAAAUAAUUUCUUCUUUUUUUUCCUUUGUUUUUUGGAGGGGAGAGGGAGAAAGGGGGUGGGGUUAAUUGGAAGUUUCCUGCAUAUCUUUUCUCUGGUAUUUUCCUUGUUUUGAUUGAUAUAGAUAUUUUUGACUGAAGUUGGAAGGCUGCUGCUUCAUUAGAGUAUAUUGUACAGAUCUAAUAGGGCAUACAGAUCUGAAUUGUAUGAAAAGUAAUGACUAUGAAGCAAAUUAUCCUUUUACUA